AUGUUACGACAUGGAGCCCUACAGGUCGCAUACGCCAUGGAAGCAGUGAAGCAAGGCUCUGCUGCAAUUGGUCUCAGAUCUCGCAACCAUGUCGUACUCGCUUGUGUUAACAAAGUCCAAUCGGAGCUCUCUUCACAUCAGAGGAAGAUCUUCAAAGUCAAUGACCAUAUAGGCGUUAUAAUCACCGGUUUCACCGCCGAUGGUCGUGUUCUCUCUCGUUAUAUGAGAUCGGAGUCAAUCAAUCACUCUUUCACCUACGAGUCUCCUCUUCCCGUUGGUCGGCGUGUCGUUCAUCUCGCCGAUCAAGCCCAUCUGCAUAAUCUUGAAUAUAAAGAUUUACCUUUUAUGAGCAUGUCUUACAAAACAUUCAUUUUAGCAAAUAGGAUUCGAGAAGAAUGUCUUGCUUCUAGUAUCACAUAUGUUGUCUCGCCGGUUACUACUCUUCCCACACGUUGCUAUGCAACUUUGGCUAAAGCUAAGAACAUUCAAGAUAGUAUUGUGAAGAAAAAUUGUACUGAGAAUAAUGAUUCCAAUAAGAAAGUGAACUUCUCUGAGGAAGAAGAGGACCCUGAAGAAGAGAAGAAAGUUGUGUCUUCUAAGAAGAGGUAUGGAGUUGUUUAA